GUGUACUAGGAAGGAUGUAAGAAGGAGAAAACGGCCUCAACCCGAUGAUGUAAAGUACUCUGCACUCCUGGACGGCUUUGGGUGUUGGGGUUGAUUGAUUUUUAUAGGCAUUAGCCAAUAUGCACAGUGUGGCCAAGUUCAAUUACACAAUUCGACGAGUUGACAAACAUGGGUUUGCGUCCCCCGGCCGGGGGACGCGCGACCACUUUCUCUAAGACACCCGAAAAGCCCGAACUUCUGGGACAAGUACUCUAAGUGCACAACAGACUAUUGAUAUCAACCGCUAAAGCCAUGCGCCAAGUGACAGCAGUGACCGGAGGGGUUCAUUGCUGCCUAGGUUGACACAGCCAGCUGCUCAGGUGCAUUCCUAUGCUCAGGAAGCAUACACUACAUGCAACUACAUUACUAAAGCAGUGGCAGCAGCACGGCUCCCUGCGGGAGUAUCUUAUCCGCUGCCUGGAGCACCCCGACAUCCGGAUGGGGCGCGCCAUGCUCAUCGCCGCGCUGCAGGAGGUGCUGCAGCUGGUGCACAUGCUGAGCCGGGCCGGCAUCGUGCUUGGCGACCUAAAGCUGGACAACAUGUUGGUAGACGCACACGGCCACGUGACUCUGUCGGACGUGGACGGUGCCGGGCUGCUGGAGGAGGGGCUGCUGCGCACCACCCAGCUGGUGGCGGCGCAGGCGGCCGCGCAGGCGGCGGCCAUGUGCUUGGACCCGGUGGCGGCGGAGGCGGCGGUGUGGCGGGCGGCGGACCUGGUGUUCACUCAGGAACCGCCGACGAUGAUCACGGACGCGUUCGCGCCGUUAGAGAUCAAGGUUUUCCAGAGCAUGUGCGGUGCCUCGCACCAGCACCUGGUGGGCGCAAGCCUGGGGGCCCUGCUGGCGGCACUCCAGCCGGUGCUGCUGUCGGCGGGCCGCACGGCCUGCUUUUACUUUGUCACAGAACUGCACGGCCUGGCCAUGGGCCUGCAGACCCUGGCGCACCUCGACCGGCCCGACCUGCAGGGCGUGUGGUCGCAGCUGGAGGCCAUCGGGGCGCGGUGGGUGUGAUGCUUGGCGACAAGCUGGGCAGGCGGCUAGGGAGCUAUUGAGCGAGCCUGGCGGGGACAAGGGAGGUUGCUGGUUCGAGCGUGUGACCACGUGGGGAAUGCGUAUACGGACGUUGCUACUAACGUUAUUUCAUUGAACGCAGCACUACGGAUGGAAGAGCAUGAUUGUGCGUUCUCGAGCAGCAUGCAUACGUUACUGAGAAGCGUAAACUUAAGACUGGAGGGAGACUUCAGGGAUGAAUUGCAGCACUGUCGUUUCGUUCACACGGGGAUGGAAAGUGUGAAAGGGCACCUCGGAUCGGCCUUGAUGGGGCUAAUUACGAGGAGAAUUACGAGGAGAACUGCUGAUGACCCUACGGGAACAGAACGAUGCAUGCUUCAGAGAAAUGCUUGGCGCUGCGGUACCUUGUUUUGGUGAUUCCCUGGUGUGGAAUCGGCCUUGACGAGCAAGGCCUUGAUGAUGCGCAAGGGCGCCCACGCACGCCCCAAAGGUGGCCGCUCUGUCUGGGCCGCGUCUGAGGCAGGUAGGGUAGUAUGGGCUGAGGCAGGGUAGCAUGGUGUGCGUGCAUGGACUCGGACCAUGGUGAGGCUCUGGCUAUUGCCGGACCAUGUUUGUGUACCGUAUGGCGGCUGCUUGUGGGUUCACAACAUGUGCCAACUGCAACAAGCACGUUGACCCGCGUUGACGAGUACCGU